GCCACCCGUCACUGACCAGGAAAUGGAGGCGGUUCUGUCCCGCCUCCGUGACAAGAAGAGGGCGCCGGGUCCGGACGGGGUGCACGGGAAGGUGCUGUCAUUGGCACUCGUGCACCUCGAGGAUCCCCUUCGGGAACUGUUUGACCAGUGUCUUCAAUCUGGGCAGUUCCCGAAGGGUUGGAAGAGGGGCCGACUCGUCCUUUUGCCUAAAGGAGGUCGGCCACCGGACCAGGCGUCGGCGGUAAGGCCGAUAGUGUUGCUGAACGAAGUCGGGAAGGCACUGGAACGUAUUGUGGCUUCACGACUCGUUCAGCACUUGGAGGAGGGCCCGGGACCGAAACUGUCCAAUCAUCAGUACGGUUUCCGGGCUGGUCGGUCUACCGUCGACGCCAUGCGGUACCUACGGUCGGUGACGCAGGAGGCGGAACGCGAAGGGGAUGUGGUGUUGGGGGUGUCGCUCGACAUAGCCAAUGCUUUCAACAGCCUUCCUCACAGCGUGAUACUUGGGGCACUGGAGUACUUCGGUGUCCCCUUGUAUAUCAGAAGGCUGGUGGGAGAUUGGCUCUCCGACAGAGAGGUCGUGUGGGAGAACCGGGACGGGGUCCUGGUGUUGGUGGAGGUCGACUGCGGUGUCCCACAGGGGUCGGCACUUGGGCCGGGUCUGUGGGUCAUCGGCUACGACUGGGUCCUGCGAUGCUGCCUCCUCCCUGGGAUGGGUGUCUCCGCGUAUGCGGACGACACCUUUAUCACAGCCCGGGGGAGGACGUAUCAAGAGGCAGCGCGGCUGACCGAAUCGGCAGUAUCGCUGGUGGUCAGCCGCAUAAGACGAUUGGGGCUUCGGGUCCGUUUUGAGAAGACCGAAGCCCUUAUGUUUCGCGGACCCGGUAAAAGGGGACCUCCACCGGGUGCACGACUUCGUGUCGGAGACGAGGAGAUCAGGGUGAGCCCCACCAUCAAGUAUCUUGGGCUCACCCUGGAUGGAAGGUGGACCUUCGGUCCCCAUUUCCAGCAGCUGGGACCGAAGGUCAUAAGAGCGGCAUCCUCACUGGGUCGACUCCUGCCAAAUGUGGGAGGGCCCAGCCAAGCCUGUCGGCAGCUGUACUCCGGGGUGUGCCGGAGUAUGGCUCUGUACGGUGCCCCAAUAUGGGUGGAUGCUCUCACCGUGCGUAAUAGAGCCCUGCUGCACAAAAUGCAGCGGGUCAUUGCGGUGAGAGUCAUCAGGGGCUACCGUACAGUCUCCUGGGCGGCAGCAACUGCUCUGGCGGGGGAACCGCCAUGGGAGCUCACGGCGAGGGUGCUCGCCGAGUUGAACCUCCUCAUCACUGAGGGGAGGUCGAAUGGCGAAGCCCCUUCGUGGGAGGAGCUUAGGCGGUUCCGGAGACUCGGAGAGCAGUGGUUGCUGAGGAGGUGGGGUGAGGAUCUGGCGCAGACCCGGCAGAAGAAGAAAGGGGUGGCUACUCCAGCUAAAGCCGCCCCAAGAAAGAAGAAGAGGAAGGCCAAGCUCCGUGCUCCAGCCACCGCGGCGAUCACUCUCACGUUGGGGGCGAACGCCGCGGAGAAGGGCGUCAAAUACAGUGACGUCCUUUUAAAGGCUAAGAACGCGGUGACGACCAGCGGACUGGCAGAGCUGGACAUCCAAAAGCUCCAGCUCCGCUUCCGUCUAGCUCAGACCGGUGCGCGCGUCCUCACCAUUCCUGGUGAGGGCGCCCAAGAAAAGGCGGACGCCCUCGCUGAGAAGCUGAGGGAAGUUCUCGACCCUGACGUUGUAAAAGUCGGACGCCCGGCGAAAUGCGUGGAAAUGCGUAUCACCGGGCUGGACGACUCAGCUACGACCGCCGAGGUCAUCGAGGCGGUGUCUAGAGAAGGUGGGUGCCCGGCCAACUCCAUCAGGUCGGGCCCAAUAAGGAAAGGAAGGUGGGGCGACGGCUCUGUCUGGCUGAGCGUCCCCGUUGCAGCCGCCAAAAAGCUCAUCAGCUUGAAGCGGCUGCAAGUGGGCUGGGUGUCGGCUAAGCCGGAGCACAAGGCAGCCGAGUGCCGGGAGAAGCAGCCCAAUUGCUUCUUCUGCGAGGCACUCGGCAAGGACAAGGACCAUGUGCUGGGUAGUAGCGGCUGCGUCACUGCGAAGCCGCUCCCCAGCACCAAGCGCCGGAAGAGACGCGGAGCUCCCUCCGAAAAGGCUCGGCCAAAAGAGCCUGGAGCCGGUGGUGCUGGGGUUAGGCAGCCCCAGCCCGCCAUGGAGAUUUCGGAGGAGGAAAUCUCUCGGGGUGGGGUGGUGUUGGUUGUCUCGUUGGACAUCACCAAUGCGUUCAACACCCUGCCCUGGGAGACCAUAAAAGAGGGACUACGGUACCAUCGAGUGCCAAGAUAUUUGCGUCGUACCAUCAGCAACUAUCUAUCGGAGCGCUCGGUGGAGUACCCCACCGAAGAAGGCUGGGAGGACCUGGAGGUGGACUGUGGCGUCCCGCAGGGUUCGUCUCUCGGUCCGGGCCUAUGGGAUAUAGGCUACGACUACGUGCUCCGCGGCGCCAAUCUUCCGGGCGUGGAGCUCGUUGCAUACGCGGACGACACAGCGGUCGUCUGCCGCGCCAAGUCCCAUCGAGAGGCGAAAAUCCUGGCAACGGCAGCAGUCGCUCAGGUCGUGAGGAGGAUCCAGGCUCUGGGUCUGACGGUGGCAUUGAACAAGUCGGAGGCCCUCUUGUUCCACGGGCCCAGAAACGCGCCGCCGCCGGACUUGGAAGUCAUAGUGAGUGGAACGAGAAUAAAGAUAGCGCCUACAAUGACCUACCUUGGUCUGGCCCUCGAUAGCCGGUGGUCAUUCAAGGAACACUUCCGCCGGCUAUCCGAGAAAGUAAAGAAGUCUGCGGGUGCCCUUGCCUCGCUGCUCCCGAAUCUCGGGGGCCCGAGUUUGGCUUGUCGGCGCCUCUACAUGGGCGUUGUCCGUUCCAUGGCAAUGUAUGGGGCGCCGAUAUGGGCAGAAAACCUGCUACCGGAGAAUAGGCUGGCCCUGGGGCGGCUGCAGCGAGUGAUGGCGACACGCGCGAUUCGCGGGUACCGCACAAUCUCCCGGGACGCGGCGUGCCUCCUCGCUGGCAGUGUCCCAUGGGACCUCGACGCUCUUGCCCUCGCCGAUGUGUACUGGCGUGGCGCUGAAGUCCGCGCGGGGGGCAGCAACCCCCUUCCGGACGCCGUCCGUCGGUGGAGGGAUCGGGCCAGGGAAGUGACAAUUGAGCUCUGGGAGGAACGGCUCCUGGAGCCUCAAGUAAGCGUGGCACUGGUGCUGGCCAUGAGACCAGUACUGAGAGAGUGGUUGACCAGAAAGCACGGCGCGCUCUCGUUCCGACUCACGCAGGUGCUGACCGGACACGGCUGCUUCGGCCGUUACCUGUGUGAGAUCGCGAACCGAGAAGAGAGUACGCGCUGUCACCACUGUGACUGUGACAGGGACACGGCGGAACACACCGUUUCUGCCUGUCCCUCCUGGACUGGACAACGGGCGGCCCUCACGGCCGCCAUUGGAUUUGACCUUUCGCUGCCCGCAUUGGUUCGCGCCAUGGUGGGCAGUGAACCUGGAUGGACAGCGGUGCAGGACUUCUGCGAAGAUGUCAUCGCCGCGAAGGAGGAGGCCGAGCGUAUGAGAGAGCUGGAGGCGCUCGACCCCCGCCGAAGAAGACGGCCGAGGCGACGACAGGUCAUUGGUAAUGACCACUUGCCGCCUUAG